AUGUCACAGAAACCCACGGAAACCCGUUCUUCAAGCACACAGCCAGGGUCGAGGAAUCCCACCGAACACCACGGGAUACAACGGCGAGAGCCAUCAACGUCGACGUCUAGGAUGAACCAGUGGGAUAGAGAUAAGUUGGAGAGAGACAAGGUCACGGAGUUGCAAAACCAGCUUCAUCACGAAGGCACUUCUCGUAGAAACCUGCUGCGAGAUAAGCAUCUGGCAGAAGAGAGGUUGAUUCGCGAACUUACUGCAGCUCGAGACGAGCUCAGGAAUAAAUCUGCACUCCUUGCCACUAGGACGGCGGAACUACACGAUGCCCAGAAAUUCCUCACAAGGGUUGAUAAUUACGCCGACGCCGAAAUUGUUCGCAUGUUCAGCGGGCUCAAUUCACAUAUCUUUCAGACCGCAGCACAGGUGGCGGACGCUGUGGAGUUUUCUGACGAACGCGGGAGGGGGUAUUACAAGCUUGCGAAUCAGCUCAUAGGGAAAGAGAUGGUCGAGAUCCUGUCCGAAAAGCCACAUCGCGAUGACCCGAUCUGCGUUCAGAUUGCUGGUCGAAAUGUUAUGGUCAUGUUUGCAAGUCGUGUGCUUAAUGUCUGGGACUUCACGCCCGGUUCAAACCACGUUCUUCUCGACCAGGUAUAUAUGCAGAUGAAACGUUCUGAACCAUCUAUGGUGUCGUCUUUGGAGAAGCACCUCAAGGAUGAUGUUGUUAGAGUCUUGGAAGUUGCAGAGGUUUUUCGGCGAAAAAUUCCGAUCUCUUAUCGACACAUGCCUGGCGCUGCGAAAUACUAUUGGGGAAGACGUCGUCUUGGGGAUCUGGAGGCGGAAACAGUCUCACAUGGAGCGCUGUAUGAUUCGAAGAACAUGGUGGACGACCUGGCAGACAAAGACCGUACUGUUGCAAACGCUAGGCACACACCCCGCAUGCUGUGCACUGUUGAAAUGGGAGUGCGACGAGUUGAACAGGUCGAAAGGGGUCAAAAGAAAGAGGAAGAAGUCAUAGUGCUGCUCAAGCCAAAGGUAGUUCUUGAGUCGAUGGUACAAGAGCUGUGA